ACAUUGCCCGACGUGCCGCGCCGAGGGCGGCGCCACCGGAAGAGCGGAGCGGGAGACUUCCGGCUGUGUGCGAGCCCCGAGCGGAGGCGAGCCCGCGAUCUUGCACCCCGACGAGACAAGAUGGCCGGGCUGCCCCGCAGGAUCAUCAAGGAAACCCAGCGCUUGCUGGCAGAGCCAGUCCCUGGGAUAAAAGCAGAACCAGAUGAAAGCAACGCACGUUAUUUUCACGUGGUCAUUGCAGGUCCACAGGAUUCCCCCUUUGAGGGUGGGACAUUUAAACUUGAACUCUUCCUUCCAGAAGAAUAUCCAAUGGCAGCUCCUAAAGUACGUUUCAUGACCAAAAUCUAUCACCCUAAUGUAGACAAGCUGGGAAGAAUAUGUUUAGAUAUUUUGAAAGAUAAAUGGUCCCCAGCUUUGCAGAUUCGUACAGUUCUGCUAUCAAUCCAGGCUUUGUUAAGCGCUCCCAAUCCAGAUGAUCCACUAGCAAACGAUGUAGCUGAGCAAUGGAAGACCAAUGAAGCCCAAGCCAUAGAAACAGCCAGAGCAUGGACUAGGCUAUAUGCCAUGAAUAAUAUUUAAAUGUGCUUUGAACAUCAAGUGUGCAUCACUUCUCCUGUUCUGCCAAGACCUCUUCCUUUUUUUGUUUGCAUUUAAUGGACACAGUCUUAGAAACAUUACAGAAUAAAAGCCCAGACAUCUUCAGUCUUUUGGUGAUUAAAUGCACAUUAGCGAAUCUGUGUCUUGUCCUAAUUCACUAUUGUAACGCAUGAGCAGAGGCUAGAAGUAUCAUCUGGAUUGUUGUGAAAUUGUUUAAAAGCAGCAGCACAUCUCUGCUUUUAAUCCCAUCAUGGUUUAAGCAUAAGCACUGUGAAUGAAGGUAGGCAGGGUUAGCUGCGGGGCUUUUCGUUUUAAUUUUGUGGGCUCCUCCUCCCUUUUUAUGGUGAUGCUAAUCGCAUUGAUAAAAGCAGCUAACCAGUUAUACUUUAGAAUAUACCCUCUAGCCCAGUCUAACUUAGACGCUGUAGAUGGACAAGCUUCAUUGUUUGAACAAAAAACAAAUGGGAACAUUAAACAUCCAUCACCUUCACUAAUAAUAUUGUGAUUCUGCUGUCAAGUGUAGAGAAAUCCCUCAGAGAAAAAGCUUGUGACCAUUUUGUAUGGCUUGUCUGGAAAAUCUCCUGUAAAUCUUAUGUUUUAGUAAAAUAUUUUUUGUUAUUCUACUUUGCCUUUGUACGGUUUCUUUUGCUGUGUUUUCAUUUCUCUUCUGUGACAAUCAUAUUGAAAAGAGAAAGAACAAAGUGUGGAAAGCAGAACUGACCAUUUGUCUUCGCUCUUCUGACAGAUUAAAAGAGUAAAGAGGUGGAAUUCACCAUACGUUUUGCUUCUGUACGCUGACUUAUUGCAUGAGCCUGUGUUACGUGGGUGACCUUACCUGUCCAAUUCGAUACAGAGUUACAUUUGGAGUGACUGGGGAGGGGGGGAAAAAAAGCCUGUUACAAUUACAAUAAUCAUUUGGAUAAUGCAUUGGUAUGCGUCGUCAUGGAGUGUAAGCAGGUAGGAGGUUGAGCACCAAGACAGCAGUAAUUGUGAGCAUCUGCAUAACGUGUCUUUGAUUAGCAUCAGUUGUUACACUUUUCAACUCGAAUUCCUGUCCUCUAUAAACAUGGAACGUACCAGCGCACAGAAGCAGUUGCAGGCAGCUCAUACAUCAACGUAUGUUUGCUUAACCACGUCUUGCUAGCACCUCUUACCACUGCUUUUAUCUACUGGCCUUCUGCCUUGUUAAGCUGUUUGCUUGAGCAGCCGGUGUGCGUCAGUAGCGGCAGUGCUUCUGUAUUGGAGGGAAGGGAAUUCUGAUGUAAUGUUUCCUACUUGUCUUUCAGCGCGUGCAUCUUGUCUGGGAACCCAGCAGCUUUUGUGGGAACCCAUCUUGUUACUUCCUAUCACUUCUUGUAUCCCUGCUCUCUUCUCAUAUUAGCUCCAGCCUCCCAAAUAAAAUCAUAAAAGGUUUUGGCAAGGCUGACCUGAAGUUUCCAUUGACAACCAGCUGUGGUUGCAGUGGGGAGUGCUGUUGUGCAACUUGUAUUAUGGCCAUAGAGGCUAUUGGUGUUCUCCUCCCUCUUUCUACCUCUUACUCUACUAUCAGCUAAAACCUCUAUAGAAUGUGGUGUAUUUAUUGUGCUCUUAGGGGAGAUUAACAGUAUCUAUUAGAACUACUUUUCUUCCAACCAGAAUGCUUUCAGUGAUUGGUAACUGGUAUUUUCCCUUGAAUUACUUUAAGCGUGAUUGAAGCUUGGUUCAGAAUUCAGCUUCACGGUACAAAACAAAACCCCUUGAAGGUGGUUUAUGUGUUGAAUGUAAGCUGAAGUUGUGUUCAGGGCUUGUAACAGGUUGCUAUUCAGAAUGGAAGUGCUGUUAACCCUACCUUCAUGUUACAAAUGAGCAUGUGCUUGGCUUCAGAUGCCGUGUGUUCUCUGUAUGCUCUUAACACCAGCAGCUUUUGUGCAAGUAGGCUCUGCAUCAUCUUCACCUACCUCUUAAAGCUUGACACAGGCGCUUCCCACUGCGUAUGGCUUGCCUUGGCUCACAUGCUGCCAGGCGCUCAGAGCCCUGAGCAUCCCCUGUGAAUAUGGCUUUCUCCAUUGGCAGAGAAGCAGGUUCUGAAGUGGUGCUUCACAGCUCAAAACUAGGUGGGCUGAAUCCAGCCGCAGGGCAUUGAGCAGACGGUCAGUGUUUGUAAGUGCACAGCUUAAACCCCGGCUGGAGCUGGCUGUUGAGAUGAGAAUGUAAUUAAAGCUACGAGUAAGUUCUUGAUGGGAUAUUAUUAAUAUAUAAAUAGAAAAAAAAAAUCCUCAGCCCCCAUUUGCUAGUGACCGAAUUAAGUAGAUUAUAGAGAAGGUUGAAUAAGCAGUAGCUGGUGUGUGUCUGGGUUACUUAUUUCUUCUUUAUUUUACUGUUACUUUUAGUAUCUCAACAAAUUGGAGACUGAGGGAAGUCUGUACGGUCAGAGUUGGAGUUGUGAGUCAGUAGUGAUGGUGUAUCUGAAGGUUAUGGUGUCAAAGGACAAGCAAGAUACUGUAUUUCAAAACUGUUUAGAAUGUUCCCAAGUGAUGGUUGUGAUGAAAGGAAACUUUACAUAGGCAUCCUAACAAGUGAAAUUCCUGUUUGUUGUGGGGUCUAUUCAGGUAUAUUUCAGUCUUUCAAGAUCUGGUAUUUCUGUAUGCGUGUAUAUAUAUGUAUGUAAUAUAAACCUGAUUUAAGAGCUGCGUAUAAACUCAACCUGGCAAUUUUAUUCUAUGUUGUGUUGGGGAAUGUGAGCUUUAGACUAAAUUAGAAUCGCAGAAUGGUUGGAGUUGGAAGUGGCCCCUGAAGGUCAUUUAGCUCAACUCCCUGCAACAAACAGGGAUUCCCUGAAGCCAGUUCAAUGGGGCUUCGUCUUUUCCCCCUCAGCUAAGCAGGUGUGUAUUUACAGGCAGUAUCUGAACUCGAGGUUACUUCUGCUGCAUGUACCUUUACAGCUGGUUAGCAGAUGCAGCCCUCUCUUAGGGAGUGUUCAUUCUAGCUCCAUUUCUAGUGGCUAUGUGGUAAACUUACAGCAAACAUACACUGAGUGGGCUUCCUUUGCCUUUACUGCUGCUAUGUGUCAUGUCCCGGAAUCCUCAGUGAGAGCGCUGACGUUGCAUCUGGUCAGUUUCUGGAUAGCGACCGCAUCUGUUGAGCCCGGAUUAUCAAAUGGACUCUAAAACCAUACAUACAGAACAAAGUUGUGGCGAUUCCCUUUAGCUCAAGAGAGGGAGGAGUCUUUGGGAGGCUUUUGUCUUUGCAUAAACGUUCAGUGGUUGUCUUGACAUUUGGCCGCGUGCUUUCAUGGCUAUGAAGUGUAUUGACCUCACUGGGAGCUGGCGGGCAGUUCUUUUGUGCGGUAGCUGACUUUAGUUUAAAACCAGUGAAAUGUUGCUUCUGUAGCUGUCAAGAAAGUGUAUCUCCGACAUGGGGAAUAUCGUGAAACACCUUAAUGGAUGAGUAACAUACGAAGUUGUGACAUCUCAAUUUAUGUACAUUCUGUGGGGGUUUUUCUGUUUGGUUUUUGGUUUUGGGGUGUUUAUUUUGUUUUUUAAGGGUUACGUUUAAAGUGAAAUGUCUGGUAGGUUUUGUCAAUAACAUGUUUUGACUGUAAUGUAAUAUGACACUGAAAUAAAAGGAAGAGUGAUUAUUGA